UCGCUGUCAAAAAGAGAGCGCACAGUAGUUCCGAUGUGGAGCUCGCGAAAGUAAGCGACGCCGUCAUGCCGAAGGGAGGUUCGGAGGCCGCGGGUCCUCCGCCCCCGGACAGAGCCCUCCUCUCCUACCUGCCCAAGAGACAGUCGCUCGACAUCACCUUCAGGAACGUCCAAUACAAGGCCCUCGCUCUCAGCCUCAACAAAAGACCAGCAAUGAAGCAAAUUUUGUUUGGCGUGUCCGGCGAAUUUCACUCUGGCCAACUAACAGCGAUUCUGGGACCCUCGGGAGCUGGCAAAAGUACGCUGCUCAAUAUUUUGGCUGGAUACGUGACACGGAACGUGACCGGAACCAUCGAAGUGAAUGGCGAGCCGAGGGACUUGAACAAAUUCGGUCGCCAAGCGUGCUACAUCAUGCAGGAAAACGAGCUGCGGCCGCUGCUGACCGCCAGGGAGGCCAUGACCUACGCGGCCAAACUCAAACUCGGGGGUGGUUCGCACGCGCCCAGCAAUAAAGCCAUCAGUUUGCAGAUUGGCGAAAUUUUUGAGACUUUGGGUCUCACCGAGCACCAAAACACGAGAGCCGGCCUCUUGUCUGGCGGACAGAGAAGGAGACUGAGUAUCGCCCUAGAACUUCUGAACAACCCCCCAAUUAUGUUCCUCGACGAGCCUACUACGGGUUUGGACAGCGCCUCUUGUGCCCAAUGCAUAGAGUUGCUGCGCUACCUGGCCAGGGGUGGGCGAACCAUCAUCAUCACGAUUCACCAACCCAGCGCCAGAAUAUUUGAGAGGUUCGACUCUCUGUACGCUGUGGCUAACGGAAGAUGCAUCUACAAAGGCAGCCCUCAGGCAUUGCUGCCGUUUCUGGCUUCGAAGGGGCUUGAGUGUCCAGCCUACCACAACCCAGCUGAUUUUUUGUUAGAAGUAGCAUGUGGAGAACAUGGACAUCAUGGACUGGCCGACGAAAUAGACCGCCUGGGCACUCCAGUCGUGGCCGUCCCAGAGACCUCCUCCGGUUCCUCGCGCCCUUUCGAAGAUUCUCCUGCCAAACUGGACAACAUCCAGAUCAUCAGCAACCUGCCAAAGAUCACCUUCGAGGAGCGCGGCAGCGGCAAACAGAGUUCCCUGUUCAAGCAGUUUUUGCUGCUCUACGUGCGCAAUGUGCACAUCCUCUCUAGAGACUGCAAACCAAUGGCAGUGCGGUUGUUCUGCCAUUUAGGAAUCGCCUGGCUGUUUGGUUACUUGUAUAGAGGCGUAGGCAACGAUGCGGACAAGGUUUUGGCCAACUGGGUUUACAUCUACGGCACUUGUCUCUUUGUAAUGUACACUGGAAAAAUGGCCGUCACUUUGCAAUUUCCUUUGGAAAUCAGCAACCUAACGAGAGAGCAUUUUAACAAGUGGUACUCCCUUGGGCCGUACCUACUGUCUAUUUUCUGCAUAGAAAUUCCAUUCCAGAUUGCUUGCGCUUUGGGUUACUUGAGCAUAAGCUACCACAUGACUGGCCAACCAAUGGAGGUGUCCCGACUGGUUCCUUUCUUUGUCCUCUGCGUGCUCACGUCCUUCACUGCCCAGGCGUUCGGCUUCUUCAUAGGAGCAACUCUUCCUGUCACGAUCGCAGUGUUCAUUGGGCCGUCGAUAGGCGUGCUGCUGUCCAUCUUUGGCUUCUGCAUAAUUUGGCGCGACACGCCGUGGAUGUUCCGGUGGCUGUACAACAUCUCAUACUUCCGGGCCGCGUUCGUCUCGGCCGUUUACACUCUGUACGGCAACAACCGCGGCACGCUGCCCUGCAAAGAGAUGUACUGCCACUUCACCUACGCACGCAAGUUCCUCGCAGAGAUGGACGUCCCGCCGGACACUGACGUGGUCUUCAACUGCCUCUUCGUCGCCUCCACCGGCGUCGUCAUGUAUGUCGCCACCUACGCCGCUCUCUGGAUCAAACUCCACGUCAGGUAGUUCGUUUUCUCAAAUGUACAUUUUCAUCUCAAAUAGCCACGAAUCUUAUUUUUGUCUAAAAAAUCCAAUCCAAAGUUGUUGUGUGAUUUUUACUCAUGUCCAAUUCUCUCUGUAUAUCCCCGAUUUUUUGAUAGAUCUGGAAAUUUCGGGACUUUAUUAGUUGUAGGAAAGACCUUUAAUUUUACUGAAAAUUUAAAUACACAUUGAUUAAGAGCUGCAAUCCUGGGAUAUGAAGUUAGCCUCUAACUAAGUAAUGAAUAAUUAUUUUGAAAUUUCCAGAUCUCUAUCAUGAAUAUAGGGCAACGUUUACAGGGAGAAUCAGACUCAUAGCCAAAGAAACUUUGCAAAUUUUUGUUUUAAACUUAGCACUUUUUAUGUAAGAAAUCAAGAGAGAAUUUUUUACAUAAUCUCAAAGUUCUUUUUAAGUAAAUAUUUUGUAAUUAUUUAUUACAUGCUGGUUUUGUAUACUUCUCUUAUCCAACUUUGUGCGCCACGAGCGAAAAAUCAUAAAAAAUUAAAACAAUGUUCCCUCUAUAUUGAUGUAAAUAGUUAUGGAGGUAAACGAUGUCUUCUAUAAUAUGAAAUUGAUCGAAUGACUUGAGCGUUCUCUCAAAGUAUGACUGACAAAACACCAUGGAUUACCUUUAAUGUAAUAUUAUAUUUCUACAUGUAAUUAAAACAUUACAAUGCCCCAUUUUUGCAGGUUUACAUUUGAAUUCAUUCAAAAAAAUUCAGCAACUUUCUAAAAAAUAAAAAAUAACUAAUUUUUAAAGUUUUCUAUAUUAACUACCCCUCAACAGUGAAAAUAAUAAUUUUCUCUCAAAAUUAAGCAGCACCUAUAUUGUUAAAGGCACUCUGACUUGGAACAUAUUAAUAAUUGUGAAUUAAAUACCUGAGAAGAAAAUAAAUUAUAUUUGAUCGAUUAAAAUUUGAUAGACUGAAAAUCACUCCUGUAGUUGAAUAUCGGCAAAGAUGGUUUUGAAAAUCAAAGAGAAUAAUGUGAGAAUUACAAAUUGCUAUAGCUGAUACAAUCCAAACCUCAUGAAUAUUGCGACUUUGAAAAUAUAUUUUUGUGAGUUGAAAAAUUAUGAAAGAGUGAAUCACAAUGGUGCGUGCAUUUUAAUAAUCUCUUUGUGAUCAUUGUUAAAAAUAAUAAUAAUAGAGCACAUCAUUGUUGACUUAAUAAAAAAGUGAAUUUCUAUGUAGUUUAUUGUUUCAAAUUAAUAUAUUAUCAUUUUUCAGUUAUUCAUUCACUGUUAUACAGUCUACAAAAAUCAAAUUGUUGUUGAUACCAAAGAUUUAGUUGUUUGUACCCUUAGUGUAUAUUAUUUAAAAGUGAAUAAUCACUUUGUUAAUUAAACUUUAUUUUUGUAAUAAAAAUUGUAAUCUCAUAAUUACACCGUGAAUGUUGACUAACCAAACUGCAAAAUACAAAUUGUAUAAAUUUCUAAAUGAGUUUGUUGAAAAAUUCACUAUUUGCUGUGAUAAUGUCUGGAUCACCUGUGCUUUUGGUGGCAAACAUUAGUUUUCGAGUGGGGAAAAAAAAGGAAAAACACCCUGCAAGAAUUUUUGAUCUUUGAAGGUGUAAGUAAUAAAGGUUCAAAUUAA